AAUGUGGAACAGGCUGGGCUAAGCCUAAAAAUUUCCAGGUUGAGCUGGGCUUUGGUCCAGUUUGGGCCAAUAAUUUUGAGCCUGCUAUUGUUCAGACCAAAUACAAAUUAGGCUUGUUAAAUAUCAGGCCAAGUUCAGACUUUAUCAAAAGAUCUGAUUAG